CAGGAACUGGCUUUGGUACAUGGAUUUAUCUUUCUUACAGAUGCAGCGCUUGAGAUUUUACAACAAUCCUCAGUACCAGCUGGGAAUAGCCAGCUCUCUCAUUUCUGUGGGUCUUUACUGAGUCUCAGUUUAAGUUGGCUCUUGUCUGAAUUACUCCUGCUCUAACAUAACUGCAAUGUGUCUUUAAGUGAUUAAAAUUUAAUGUGAACAUUCAGACAUGGCACAGCUGUAACGAAAGAGGUAAACAUGUUCAAAACUUAAUUUUUGCCUGGAAUGGGUAACUGAAAUUCUUUAGUUAGCAGCUCCUGACCCUUUUCACACCUUCCCAGGCUGGAAUGACCACAGCGAGGCUCAGGUGGGAAGGGACAUUAGUGGCUAUUUAUUUGCUCUUCUUUGGGAAUUCCUGCUGGUUUGCAGCUCUCUCAGAUGUUCUGCAUCUCUCUGUGCCAUGUCCUGCCACCGACCGUCCAACCAGUAGGCAGGAGGUGGCACUUGGUCCUGAACAACCUGCUCAACAGGUCCCUCAGUGUGGCCGGAGCCCUCGCUAGCGACAGGACGCGUUUGGGUAGCGGUCACAGCUGUGCGAAGACACUUGGAGGACCAGAAAUGCUCCGGCACUGAACAGAAGCAGCAUGAGAGCCGUGGUGACAGGAGGAGCUGGCUACUGCGGGUACAAGCUGGGAUGUGCUCUGGCCAGCACGGGAGCCUCCGUGGUUCUGUGUGACAUCCACAARCCUAUGUGGGUUAUUCCCAAUGGAGUGGUGUGGAUCCAGACAGAUAUCAGAGAUUACAGUGCUGUGGUUGCAGUCUGUGAAGGGGCUGACUGCGUGUUUCACGUGGCMUCAUAUGGAAUGUCAGGAACAGAGCAAUUGCGUAAAGAUCUGAUUGAAAGUGUAAAUAUUAAUGGAACAAGAUUCAUCAUUAAUGCCUGCAAAGAACAAAACAUCGCUCGACUGGUCUACACCAGCACAGUAAAUGUGGUGUUUGGAGGGCUUCCUAUUGAAGAUGCRGAUGAGGAAUCUCUGCCAUAUUUCCCAAAUGACAAGCUUGUUGACCAUUAUUCCAGAACCAAACAAAUUGCAGAACAAAUGGUACUAGCAGCUAAUGGAUCUACACUAGCAGGAGGUGGAACACUCCACACGUGUGUUCUUCGCCCACCUGGAAUCUACGGACCAGAAGAGCAGAGACACUUGCCCAGGCUAGCAAAGAUUAUUGAGAGAAGGCUACUUAGCUUCAAGUUUGGGGACCCUAGUGUUCAAAUGAACUGGCUACACGUAGAUAAUUUUGUCCAAGCUCACAUUCUAGCUGCUGCAGCUCUCACCCCYGAAAGGAACUACAUAGCUAGUGGCCAGGUGUAUUUCAUUCACGAYGGUGAAAAAUCCAACCUUUUUGAAUGGUUAACUCCACUUUUUGAAAGAUUAGAGUGCAGUAAGCCAUGGAUACGUAUUCCUACUUGCUUAGUGUAUGCAUCAGCCACACUCAUGGAACACCUUCAUGCACUUCUGAUACCACUUGUUGACCUGCCCCCRCUGCUGACCAAAAAUGAGGUACAGAACAUUUCUGUAACUCACACCUUUCGGAUAGACAARGCACGGGCUCAGCUGGGGUACCGCCCGCAGAAGUUUAACUUUGCUGAUUCUGUGGACCACUACAUGAACUCCAGACCACAGCCCUCGAAUUAUCAGAUCUUCCUCAAUAUUUUGGUUUCUUUAAGUAUUACUUUAAUUUUGUUUWUUCUUUCUGUAAAACUUGAUGACCUUUCAGUUUUGUGUUUUUCAAAAGGAAGACGACACUGACCUGCAUAAAUGCAGUCACAGCAUUGCUACCCGGAUCGUUCUAACCUCCAYAAGAGUUACUGGCACAGUACAACAAACAGGCAGCCACUUUUAAUUUUACAAAUGAAAUCAUAACAGAUCAGUGGCUGGACCUGAGAAAUUAAAAUACGGUAAACAAUUAUUACCAAAUCACCAAAMCAACCAGAGUCAAGAUUGUCACUUCUAUUUCAAACCAAAACAACAACUUUUCAAAUGGACUGCUGAACCUGCAGRAAGAACAAGAGCUGCAGCCACCCUGCAGUGCUCCUGCAGUAAAGAAAAAGAGCUGAAAUAAGGAGAAAGACUGACCACAGCUUCUGUCAUGACUCACUAUGUUGGGGAACAGAGGAACAAGCAAAGGGACAGACAGAUUAUUGCAAWAACAUGCACCAGGCCUACAGAGACUUCACACUGUGUGAUUUUGUGAAUUAGCUGUAUUACUGCAUCUGAGGGAAAAUAAAAGUGUACU